AUGGGGAGUAUGAGAUCACCACAGAAGUUGGCAUACAUAGAGGCGGAGAACAGCGUGGUUAGAGUGUUGGGGAAUCUCAUCGAACUGAGGAAGUUGGGCGUUAUCAAAUUAAGAACAGAUGAUGGGAAUGAUUUGUGCAGUUCCGUCGAGAAAAUGAACCACCUUCAAGCCUUUUCCGCGAGAUCGAUGGAUGCAGAGGAGCUUCUUGACUUGCAGUCUCUAUCAUAUCCUCCACCUACUCUUCAAAGGUUGUGCUUGAGAGGGCGUUUGCUCAAGUUACCUCAAUGGAUUGCCUCACUUGAUAAUCUAGUCUCUGUUUGUUUGAGGUGGUCUAGAUUGAGAGAUGACCCUCUCAAAGGCCUUCAAUCACUGCCGAAUUUGGUGGAACUCUUUCUCGAGCGAGCCUACGACGGAGAAGAGUUAUGUUGCGAGGCAGGAGGAUAUCCAAGAUUCAAGGAUUUAAGCCUUCUUGAUUUGAAGGAAUUGAAGAAGGUGAGAAUAGAGAAUGGAGCAAUGUAUUGCCUUGAAAAGCUAAGGAUUAGACGUUGUGAAGAGUUAGGAGAGGUUGCUUUGGGGCUUGAAAAUCUCACUAACCUCAAAAUGCUCUAUUUGGUGGAUUUUCCAUUUGCUUUUCUGAGGGGGCUAACAAAGGAUGGAAAGGGGGUCUACUUGCCAUUUAAUGUUGUGGAUGGAAUUAAGGUUCCUACUGGAAUGGGGAGUAUGAGAUCACCACAGAAGUUGGCAUACAUAGAGGCGGAGAACAGCGUGGUUAGAGUGUUGGGGAAUCUCAUCGAACUGAGGAAGUUGGGCGUUAUCAAAUUAAGAACAGAUGAUGGGAAUGAUUUGUGCAGUUCCGUCGAGAAAAUGAACCACCUUCAAGCCUUUUCGGCGAGAUCGAUGGAUGCAGAGGAGCUUCUUGACUUGCAGUCUCUAUCAUAUCCUCCACCUACUCUUCAAAGGUUGUGCUUGAGAGGGCGUUUGCUCAAGUUACCUCAAUGGAUUGCCUCACUUGAUAAUCUAGUCUCUGUUUGUUUGAGGUGGUCUAGAUUGAGAGAUGACCCUCUCAAAGGCCUUCAAUCACUGCCGAAUUUGGUGGAACUCUUUCUCGAGCGAGCCUACGACGGAGAAGAGUUAUGUUGCGAGGCAGGAGGAUAUCCAAGAUUCAAGGAUUUAAGCCUUCUUGAUUUGAAGGAAUUGAAGAAGGUGAGAAUAGAGAAUGGAGCAAUGUAUUGCCUUGAAAAGCUAAGGAUUAGACGUUGUGAAGAGUUAGGAGAGGUUGCUUUGGGGCUUGAAAAUCUCACUAACCUCAAAAUGCUCUAUUUGGUGGAUUUUCCAUUUGCUUUUCUGAGGGGGCUAACAAAGGAUGGGUUUAAUGAAUUAGUCAAUUCCAUUCAGCACAUUCCACUCAUAAGAUACAUAGAUACUAAAAAAAGGAGUUACACGGACUUUUCAUGA